GCCGGAAGUUACCGAGAAGACACUGGUAGUGACGGCUUCCGAGGACCCGGGAAAGGUUUUGCGUGCACAGAGCUUGUUUGAGCUGCCGAGGCACUAACAAUGGAUACCCAGAAAGACGUCCAACCCCCAAAGCAGCAGCCGAUGAUAUAUAUUUGUGGAGAGUGUCACACUGAAAAUGAAAUAAAAUCCAGAGAUCCAAUCAGAUGCAGAGAAUGUGGAUACAGAAUAAUGUACAAGAAAAGGACUAAAAGAUUGGUAGUUUUCGAUGCUCGGUGAAAACUUGGAAUUCAGGAGUGUCUUCGUUCAAACAUUUGCCCCACUGAUGCUUCUCUGUGUAGCUUUACAACUACAACUGUGUACCUAUGGCUUCACUUUAGAUAUGUGAUUGUAUUUUAAUACUUUGUAUAAAGGAAGUUUUGGUUUAGCAUAUGACUUUUAAUUUAUUGUGCCUAUAAUCUCUCACACAAGAUUAAAGUUGUUUCCCCAAACCUCA